UUGAUAAUUAGAAAUAGUUAUAAUACUUUUAAUUAUGGAGCAACAAGUCUGAAUGGUGAGAGUAAAACCUCUCCAAGGGCCAUGGUGGCCUGACAGGAAGCACCAGCAGACCACCUUCGAGUUUAUACUUGAGAUCAUGACAUAUGUUGUGGUAAUAGUGGAAGCCCUUACUAUUGGCUUCAUUGCCAUCAAAGCUAUGCAGUAUUUGACCUUAGAGGAUGAAGAAGCAAUUGCGUUAAUUGCCGUUGGAAGUAUACACUCUAUUAUUGCUAUAAUGGCUGCCAUCUUUAUGGUAGUCUUAGUCCAGUACCUCAGAGAUUACGAUAGUGUUACCUUGAAAGAGUUUGACAAGGUUUCAACUAUAAUAACAACAUGGAUGCUUGAGCAAUUAUUCUUGCUCAUUGGAACAGCGUUAGUUACAUAUUAUGUUAUUUAUGUAAUCCAGUAUUACCCAGGAUUUGAAGAUAUGAUCUCAGUUUUGAUGAUAAUCCUCUUCAAGUUUGUAGUGAUCACUGCUCAUUAUACAAUGUUCGUUCAGAUCAAACAUCAUGAUGACCCUCUGAAGUACUAUCUUGUCCCGGUCCAAAGAGUAUAAAUAGUUUAUUUCAAUUAUUUCCAACCAAC